AUAUAUGUACAUGGGUGUAAACAAAUCGAAGAAUUAAGUAGGUGAUAUUUUGCUUACAUUCAACAACAGCCUUUCCUGGUCAUCAUCAGUAACUGUCUGAUUGUUCAUGAAGGCAGCAGCAAAGGGUCGAAAAGCAUCCUGGCAACACUGCUGUCACAAAGCUAAUACUCCAAACGCUUAGCUUUGCUCUUCGCUUCGACAUUUUUGCCAAUAUGCGCUUGAAUACUCGUUUCAACAUCAUUCGGAGUUGUGUCUGGUGCAAUUGAGGGGAUUUUAAAGGGUUCAUCAUGGUGUUCUUUAACGAACCCAGCUAGCCUAGCCUAGCUUAGCCUAGCUAGCUCACUCUUUCUUCGUAGAGCGAAGCAAAUCCUAGUUGUUGUUAGCAUCAAGCUACGCUGACCGGGGCCCAUUAUGGCGAUUGUGUCUGGUUCCUGUGCCAGGGUAAACGGCUCCAGGAACGGGCCCUCGGUCUCCGCCGCGAACCCGUCCGGCUCCGUGAGUCAGUCCCAACCCAUGAUAGCUGUGUGGGAAUGGCAGGACGACCAGGGCCACUGGCGGCCUUACAGCGGCCAAGUGAGCGCCUACAUCGAACGGUGCCUGUCACCGCGAGGACACAGAGGCGGCGCGCCCGGCACCACAACCAUCUGCCUCGGACAAUCAGACCCCAGCCUGUCGCCUUAUCUCAUCGACGUGCCGAGUUUGAAACAGUUCAGGCAAGACACAGGAAAGACGCGAUCAGUCCGCCGCUCCCUGUUUGCCCAGUCCUCAGGCCUAGGCAGUGGCGUCUAUUGGGAAUGGGCUAAUGACGAAGGCGCAUGGACCCCGUACGAAACCCGCACCUCCAUCCUCCUGGAGCACAGCUACCAGGCCCGACAAGGCACGGCUGACUUGGGCCCGCACGGCUACAACUACAUUGUGGAUCUCACUUCGCUCACCCAAGUAAACAAAUCAUCAGGCUUCAGGCGGCAGGUGCGGCGGCAGUGCAACUUGCCCUACCCGCUGGCCUCCUUCGGACCCCCAGCCAUACCCUCGGGCCCCACGGCCGUCCCCUCAGCCAGUCUGGCUUGCUCCUGCCAACAGUGUCUGAGCCACAGCGGCACAGGGCCCAUGCCGAGCCGUACACGGCAUUCUUUCUCAUCGGGCAGCCUGAACCGGCCCAAUCUUCAGGGACCAGGCAGGGCAACGGCCGCUCACCCGACCUCGGUAUACUCACCCUACCCCCGCAGGCCCCUUUCUGUUGGGGGGAUGUCUUGGGGGACUCCCUGGCCUCCACCCCCAUCUGCUAGCCAGCUAGCCACACCCCUUCUAGGCAGCUCUUCCAGUCACAAUGGCUUAAGCGUUCCUUCCGUCCCAGUGCAGCUGAAUGGGUCCACUAGCGUCAGCUCAGCCCUCGCAGGCAUGGCCUCCAUAUUGAUGUCAGCAGUGGGACUUGGCGUGCACUUCGCCACUACCACCCCCCUCCCGCAGCCUCCUCCGCCACCACAGCCACCACUACCGCCACCGCAUCAGCAUCCACCGCUGCUACAACAGCAGCAUUCGCAGCAAUUCUCUCUCCCACCUCUUCCCGUCCCGUUCCCCCCCGCCAGCAGGCCCAGCAAGCCCCCCAGCAGCAGCAGCAGCAGCAGUUCAGUUAGGAGAGCCAAGAGACAGCACAGGAGAGCAAACAGCCAGAGAGCUGAAGAGGUGAUCCAGCGCUACAUGGAGGUGGUGCCCGGCGUGCCAGAUGAGGACUGCAUUAUCUGCAUGGAUCAGUUGUCCAAUCCAUCCGGCUACGAGACCCCAGCACCGGCCGAGGAGGGGGCCCAGAGCAUUCUGCCCGACGCUGUGGGCAAAUUCAUCAAGUGUGGACACACCCUGCAUAUGCUCUGCAUGCUGGCCAUGUACAACAAUGGCACCAAGGACGGCAGCCUACAGUGCCCGUCCUGUAAGACCAUCUAUGGCGAGAAGACGGGCACGCAGCCUUUAAAAGGCAAGAUGGAAAUUUACAGCAUCGCCCAGGCGCUGCCAGGACACCCAGACUGCGGUACCAUCCAGAUCAUCUACAGCAUCCCACCUGGAAUACAGGGUCCAGAGCAUCCCAACCCGGGGCAGCCAUUUACGUGUCGGGGAUUCCCUCGGUUCUGCUUCCUGCCAGACAGUGAUAAAGGCAGGAAGGUGCUGGAACUGCUGAAGGUUGCGUGGAUGCGGCGCCUCAUCUUCACGGUGGGGACGUCGAGCACGACUGGGGAGCCUGACACGGUAGUGUGGAACGGAAUCCACCACAAGACCGAGAUGAUGUCCAACCUGUCGGGCCAUGGCUUCCCAGACCCCAACUAUCUGGACAACGUUCUGUCUGAGCUGGCCUCUCAGGGCAUCACCGAGGACUGCCUGAAAGCCCCCGGCCCAGGCUGCAGCAGCUAGGCCAACACUUCCACUCCUGCGCCAUGAAAGGGGGCUUCAUGAAUGAAAAGGCUUUCUGUGACAAGAUGGCGCUGGAUACAUUCCUGCUUGUAUUCCAGGAGCAGCUAGUGCCAAUCAUCUAUUUGAUUUUUUUUUUUUUCCAUUUUUUGUCCAUCACAGGCUUCGUCCGCAUCCCCUGCCCUCUGACUCAGUCGCCAUGGCGACAGUACGGGGAUACAAAUCUCAUUAAGCACUUUAGUUGUGACAUCUACCUGCCGUGUUUUCCAGUAAAGGGCAGUCGACUUCAAUUGGUUAUGCAAUUAAAAAAAAAAAGCGUAGCAAAGCAACGUCUAAUGUUAAUGAGAAGCGGCAAUACUUGGUGUCAAGUCAUUGAAAUGUAGAAAAUGAAUAGUCAGGAAGAGAAAAGUACCCGCGUAUAGUCUAACCUGGAUGAGGAGGUUUCUCAUGAAGGCACAAGGUCAAACAUGCUGUGAUUUAAAGAAAAGUUCCAGCAAGUUCUACAUCGUGACAAUCAACCUCCUGUACUCACAUGAGUUCUUUCUCUGCUCUCUGUACCGCAGCACUAACACUGAGAAGCCUGCAAUAAAAGCAUUCAUGUCAA